AUGAAGCCUAUAAUGCGGCAGUCCUUAAUUUUAAAAUUGAAAUUAUCGAGCAAAUCAGACGGUUUAUGUUUAAAUAAUUGUAUUUAUGUGAUUGCAAAUUGUGAAGUUGAUGGACAAGAAGUUGAAUGUGAUUCUGAAUCAAAUCUUAAUGAAGUGAACAACUUAUCCUCAACAAUACGGGAUUCAAUAACAAAACUAAAAUAUGGUGGAAGGAAUGACACAAAAUUACCACUGGAAUCGUUUAAAUUUGCCGAAUUGCAAGUAUUAGUCAUCUACGGUACAAAUAUUCAAGAAAUUGAAGGAGAAGCAUUCUCAAAUCUAGAUUACUUAACACAUUUAAAAAUAGAAAGUAAUAAAUAUUAUUCUCAAAUUCAACCAAAAACAUUUGGCGGAUUAUUUCAAUUAACAGAAUUAAUAAUUACUACAUGUCCAAUAGAGAUUAUACGAAAUGAUACAUUUGAAGGGCUUGGAGAUUUAGAAACUUUAAACUUAGCAGAUAAUAUUAUUCGUGUUAUUGAACCAAAUGCUUUAAAUUCAUUAAGUAAUUUAAAACAUUUAAUAUUAAAUAAUAAUGAAAUACAACAAAUACCAGCAGGAUUGUUUUUGGGUAAAACGCGAAAAAUUGUGUAUCUAGAUUUGCAUAACAAUGAUAUUGAAAAAAUUCCACCUUUAAAUCUUGCUACACAUAUAGUUGAAUCGUAUACUGACGGUGCAUACUCUUCAUAUCCCACAUCAAAUAUACAAUCCAUUAAUUUAAGUGGUAAUAAAAGAUUCAAACCUGACAAAAAAAAUAAUCACCUUAAUGAAAACUUGGUUGAAUUCGAUUUAUCAAAUACAGGCCAGACAUCAAUCCCACAAAAUGAAAAUAUAUUUAGUCCUACAUUGCAAAAAUUAGUCUUAAAUUUAAAUAACAUUACGAAUUUAACAAACGGAAUCUUUGAAAGGCUAAUUAAUUUAAUAAAUUUAUCAAUUAAUCGAAAUUUAAUUAAUUCAAUUGAUGAAGAUUGUUUUAAGAAUAUGAUAGAAUUAAGGGUUUUGGAUUUGUCAGAAAAUCAUUUAAGCGAAAUUUUAAAUUUUGAUGAUUUUCAAUAUUUAAGAAAUCUUAAAACCUUGAAUUUAGCAGAUAAUAAUAUUACUUAUUUACUAAAAGGGACGUUUAGUAAUUUUAAAUAUUUAACAUCAUUGGAUAUUACUGGAAAUGAAAUUGCUUUAAUUCAAGCAAAAACUUUUGAGAAUCUAUUUAGUUUAACUACACUUGAUUUGAGCCGAACAAAAUUACAAACAAUCGAUCCUGGUGUUUUGGAUGCGAGGAAUAAAAAUAAUUAUUCAAAAUUAACUUCAUUUAAAAUAAAUUAUGGUGAAUUAACUCGAAUAGAAAAUGAUUCGUUUUUAUCAUUAGUUCGUGUUACGAAACUUGAUUUAUGGAAAAAUAAAAUAAUCGAAAUCGAAGCUGGAGCUUUUCGUACAAUGAAUAAGUUAAAAUUUUUAAUAUUGCGUGAAAAUUUGAUAGAAAUUUUACCAAAUGGAUUGUUUAGUAAUUGCCAGGAUUUAGAGGAAAUUGAUUUAUAUUCAAAUAAAUUAAAAAUAUUAAUAAAAGAUUUAAUAAUGAUUUUUCUAUUAUUGUUGUUGAUUUUAUGUUUAAAUAAUUGUAAUUAUGUAAUUGCAUAUUGUGAAGUUCAUGGACAAGAAGUCGAAUGUGAUAAAACAUCAAACCUUAAUGAAGUCAAUAACUUAUCCUCAACAAUACGGGAAACGAUAACAGAAUUAAAUUAUGCUGGAAACAACGAUACAAAUUUACCUGCGGAAACGUUUAAAUUAUCUGAAUUACAAAUACUAAAAAUCCACGACACAAACAUUCAACGAAUUGAGGGAGAAGCUUUUGCUAAUUUAGAUUAUUUAACAGAAUUACAAUUAGAAAAAAAUAAAUAUUAUUCUGUAAUUCAACCAAAAACUUUUAGCGGAUUAGUUCAAUUAACAGAAUUAACAAUAACUAAAUGUGCUAUAGAAGUCAUAGGAAAUGAUAUAUUCGAAGGACUUACAGAUUUAGAAAUUCUGAAUUUACGAGAAAAUCGUAUACGCAUUAUUGAACCAGAUGCAUUAAAGUCAUUAAAUAAUUUAAAGGAAUUAUAUUUAGAUAAUAAUAAAAUACAACAAAUACCAGCAGGAUUAUUUAGAAAAACACCUAAAAUUGUGCACUUGGAUUUACAUGACAACGACAUAGAAAAAAUUUCACCGCAAGAGUUUCUAACUAGUUUUACAUUGGUUAGAUCACCUAAAAAUGGGGUAGAAUGCAUGGUCCUUCCGAAAUCAACUUUCGAAUAUAUUAAUUUAAGUGGUAAUCAGAAAUUAAAAUUACAAAAGCGUAACUUUAAUUUUCAAUCAAUAAUUGAAAUUGAUUUGUCUUUUACCGGAUUGGUCACAAUUCCUCAAAAUGAAAGUGUAUUUGGUUCCAAGUUAAAAAAAUUAAUUUUAAAUACAAAUAAUAUUACAAAAUUAACAAACGGCGUUUUUGAUAAGUUAACUAAUUUAACAACUUUAUCAAUAAACCAAAAUUUAAUUAAAUCAUUCGAUGAAGAUUGUUUUAAGAAUAUGGUUGAAUUAAAGGUUUUAGAUUUAUCUGAAAAUCAUUUAAGUGAAUUAUCAAAAAUGCUGUUCAGAAAUUUAACAAAAUUAGAGGUUUUAAAUUUAUACAAAAAUCGCAUACGAUUGUUAAAUUCGGACGAUUUUGAAUAUUUAAGAAAUCUUCAAACUUUAAAUUUAGGGGAUAACAAUAUUAUUUAUUUGUUGAAAGGGACCUUUAAUAAAUUUAAAUACUUAACGUCAUUGGUAAUCACUGGAAAUGAAAUAAUUACAAUCCAACCAAAAACGUUUGAAACAUUAUUUAGCUUAAGUACACUCGAUUUGAGCAGAAAUAAAUUACAAACAAUCGAUAAAGGUGUUUUAGAUGCAAAAAAUAAAAAAAAUAAUUUAAAAUUAACUUCAUUUAAAAUAAAUUUCAGUGAAUUAACUCGUAUAGGGAAGGAUUCGUUUUUAUCAUUAGUUCGUGUUACAAACCUGGAUUUAAAAUCGAACAAAAUAAUUGAAAUUGAAUCCGGUGCAUUUCGUACAAUGAAUAUGUUAAAAUUUAUAACUUUACGCUUUAAUUUGUUAGAAACUUUACCAAAUGGUUUGUUUAGUAAUUGUCUCGACUUAGAAGAAAUUGAUUUAUAUGAAAAUAAAUUGAAAAUAUUACCAGAUUAU